UCGCGCAGGCAGUCCGAGGGGAGAGGGUCCUUUUUCCCUCAGCGGGUGGAGGUGUGUGGCGGCGGCUGCUUGGUUCAUGUUUUUAGCCCGUUUCUUGGUAAAGAUGGCAGCCAACAAUGCAGUGCUGAACAGACUGGAGCAGAAGGGUGCAGAGGCCGAUCAAGUUAUUGAAUACCUCAAGCAACAAGUUGCUCUGCUGAAGGAGAAAGCUAUCUUGCAGGCAUCUCUCCGAGAAGAGAAGAAGCUCCGUGUGGAAAAUGCUAAACUGAAGAAAGAAAUUGAAGGGCUGAAACAGGAGCUGAUUCAGGCAGAAAUUCGAAAUGGAGUAAAGCAGAUCGCAGUUCCUCCUGGUACAACCAUUUCUACAGCUUCGUUUUCAGAUGAUGAUCCACAAACUACAGCAGUCACAUCAUCUACUGGUUCCAAAGAUGAAAUUAAAGGUGAAGAUGAAGAAAAGAAAAAGAAGGAAAAAGGAGAAAAAAAAGGUGACAAGAAGGAGAAGAAACAGCAGCCAGCUGCUGGAAGUAGUGAUGCAAAACCUGUAGAUGUUUCUCGUCUGGAUCUUCGUGUUGGCUGCAUUAUCACUGCCAGAAAGCAUCCAGAUGCAGAUGCUCUAUAUGUUGAAGAAGUGGAUGUUGGUGAAGCAAGCCCAAGGACUGUUGUCAGUGGCUUAGUGAAACAUGUUCCUCUGGAUCAGAUGCAGAAUCGAAUGGCGAUACUACUCUGUAACUUGAAGCCUGCAAAGAUGAGAGGAGUAGUAUCUCAAGCAAUGGUGAUGUGUGCCAGCUCCCCAGAAAAAGUGGAAAUUCUGGCUCCCCCACCCGGGGCAGUACCUGGAGAUAGAAUCACUUUUGAUGGUUUUCCUGGAGAUCCUGAGAAGGAACUUAAUCCCAAGAAGAAGAUUUGGGAGCAAAUCCAACCUCAUCUUCAUACCAAUGACCAGUGUGUUGCUACAUACAAAGGAGUUCCAUUUGAAGUGAAAGGGAAAGGAGUCUGCAGGGCAGAGACCAUGGCAAACAGCGGAAUUAAAUAAAUAAAUGGUUGUUAGGAGCUUUUUCAGAUGUUGAGAUGGAAAGUAAUGCAAGCACAAUAAAAAACAUGAAAUGCAUGGCUAAUACCCUUUAUGUUUGACUGCUCUUCCAGAGGGUACGCAAUGUGUUAUGCCUCCAACGCUUUCACACUUCACUUACCAUGCUUAUUGUCCUUGAGGUUAAGUAUUGUCAACAGUCAUUAACCACUCAGUGCUCAAGACUUCAUCACCAAGGCUUGUUCAUGGUAGAGCUACAGGCAGGCAAACAUACUUUCUGGACAGCUAAAAGGUUUAGAUGAUCUAUGGAGCAAGAGCACCUCAAUAAAGAAUAACUUCUGCCGUGUUCCUUGUGUGCUAACUGCUCUUCAAGAGGUGCAGGACUAGCAGUUAGUCAGUAAAGACCACCGUUGUCUUCAUUCUUCUUGUUACAUUUUAAUAGUUUUUCUCCUCUUCAUACAAGCAGUUUUCAGGUAUAUUAUAAACUUCUUCAACUUUGCUCUUGGCUGUGUUGUCUUAGUAGUCUGCAGACAGUUGUAAUGGGAAGAUUAAACUAUGGCCCUUUGUGCCCUAAGAUAGACAAAUGGGUGUCAUUUCUUGUACCACAGUUAAGCUGUUAUCAUGUUAGUAAGAUCAAAACUGUCAUUUUGCUGAAAUAGUUAUCUAUCUAGUCCAUUUUCAUAUUUCCUUCCAAAUGAUGGAUAGUACUAAGAAAGAAUGAAGAGCAAAGAGGUUGCCAGAGCUAGUCACACACUACCAUAAAAAUAUCUAUUUCCAAAGUCCAGACAGGUAUAAAAUGAAUUGAUUUUGUUUGUUUGUUUUAAUGUAUUUUUAUGCAGUGAUAUCUUAUAAAAAAAGAUGCUUCGGUUUUAACAGAAAUAGCUUCUUCAGUUGUUAGAAUUGUUCCAUAAUAAUAUAGUACAAGCAGUCAUGGUUGCUGUGGUAAUAGGCUCAAAGUGCUCCUUUUAAUUCCUGCCUUUUAAUAAUCUGAAAAUAACUAUUUUAGAUCAAUUUACAAUAACCUUUUUAAGUAACUGUUUAGAGAUAGUUCAGAUACUUUGGCAUAUAAUAUUUAGUUAACUGGUUACUGUCUAACCACUGAAACAGUAAGUGCUUUUUUAACCACUGAAAUGAAAAAAACUUAGCCAUUCUGUUUUUGUAGGCUUUGAACUUUAUCCAGUAAACUGGUUGGGAAAACAAAAUGACAAUGAUAUAAAAUUAAAAGGAACAGCCACAAAAGAAGAGAUGAAUGGUUGGUUUUUUUUUCAAACGAGUUUUGUAUGUGCCUGUAAACCAUAUUAAUUUUUCAUGCAUCUGGGAAUAAGCAAUAGUAUUGGUUCUUUUAAAUGUGCUGAAUAGUGUUAAGCACAUAGGAGCUAUUUUAUCUGCUGUGUAAACUACAUAGCCAGUAAUGUCUUAUUAAACAAACUUCUUGAAGUUCAGAAUCUCAAUUCUAACUAAUUCUUACUCAGGGUAAAGAAGUAUUCUUACAGUAGGUAAAUCUUAGCAUUUAAUACUUGAAAGCUCUUCAUAAACUUUGGAAUUCAGAGGAACUCCUGAAAACUUGAAGAAUUGAGCAUAGAGGCUCCCUUGCAGUCUGAACUCAUGUUCAUUUUUAUGUUUUAUUUUCCUCUUCCAGAUCUGUGUUCUGUAUGAACUACAAUAUAUAGUUUGGUGUAGAAUGAAAGCUAAUUUGUGACUACAUAUAUAUUAGGACUGUGAUUUAGAGCACUAGCUUGUUUGAAUUUUGUGUUUAAAGCUACAAUUGUGGAUGUAGUAAUGUGAGGUACUCUGAAGGGCAAGUAGUUUGGUAAUCUAAAGAGAUAUUUCCAACUCCAUUCAGAGGUAUUUGGUAUGGGUGUGGACUUUUUCAGUUCUCUUUUAUUUCUAUUAAAUAUUACCUACUAUAGCAAAUAGACAAAUGAGCACCUGAAAGCUAAUUUUAUGCCUUGCUGUGUUUAAGUGAAAGCACUUGAUAAUUAUUUUGUUUUAUAAAAUUCAAGAGCUUUCUUAAGACAGUAGCUCUUUCCUCCUUAAUUAUGCUCUUCUGGUUGUCUAGGAAGAUGUAUUUAUGCUGUACUGAGCUCAAAAGUGACACCAGGGUACUUGAGGCACUGUGCAAGUAUGCUUCCUCACUGAAUCCAGCCUCUUCUGCCUUGUCUGCAUGAGUAAGUAGAACUGCAGUGAAAUCAUUCCAUGUGGGACCCAGAAGUUCCUGUAAUGAAAAACAAAUCCUAAAUAGUUAUCUCUCCUUGUUCCUCUUCCCCACUCCCACCUCAUAUGCUUAGGCAUUAACAGACCAUGAUACAUGUUCUUUUCGUGGCAGUAAUCCAGUUCAUGCUAUCUGAGUUGCUGAAAUUUUUGGGGUUUUUCACCUUCCCAAGACAUUGACAUCCACUUUCAGUGGAAAUAUGUGGUUGUGCAGUACUAGCAGUUCUUUGUUCUCUUACUACAGAUGUGAAUAGUAUUUCUCCGGUUAAAAAACAUCUAUGUAAAUAAGGAAAAAUGGUUGUUUAGCUGCGUUACACAUUUGUUUAAAUCAUUAGUUUACUCAUAUCCAUAUUUCUACAGUUUUUACAGAUAUUUGAAAUUUGGUUUUCAAAAUCACCAGAUUACCUUGUGUUGAAAAAAUAAAUUAUUAAUUUCUAUGUAGGACUAAGUGCAGUUCCAGCUGUAUCCCAUAAAAUCGAACUAUUCUCAACAAUUCACGAAAAACACAAAUCAAAUGCAUCAACAUAAGUGAUGGGCCAGAGAAUUUGUCUGUGACCACUGUGGUUCAUCUGAUGGAGGGGAAUGGAGAAAACAAGCUGCUUUUUGCAAUGAGUAUAGAAAACUUUAAUGUAAGUAAGUGCUUGGGUUUUCAUUUGCAGAUGUAAAUGAAAUUACAACUUCAGUGCAAUCAUGAUAACUGCUGUGUGUGACAAGUAAACUACUUUGGAAUAAAGUCCACUUUGCAAAUA